AUGGGGGUGUUGUUCACCCUGCUCAGCCUGUUGCAGCUGGCUGUGACUCUAAACAUCGCAGCCUUCAACAUCCGGUCUUUUGGAAACACUAAGAUGUCCAAUGCUACCAUCUCUGGCUAUAUUGUGGAAAUCGUGCGUCGCUAUGACAUCGUCCUUAUCCAAGAGGUCAGAGACACCCACCUGGUGGCUGUCGGGAAGCUUCUGGAUGUGCUCAAUCGGGAUGUGCCUGACACCUAUCGCUAUGUGGUCAGUGAGCCUCUGGGUCGCAACAGCUACAAGGAACAGUACCUUUUCUUGUACAGGCCUGACCAGGUGUCUGUUCUAGACAGCUAUUACUAUGAUGAUGGCUGUGAGCCUUGUGGAAGUGACACUUUCAGCCGAGAGCCAACCAUUGUCAAGUUCCAUUCCCCGUUCACCACGGUCAGAGAGUUUGCGAUUGUGCCCUUGCAUGCAGCCCCAGCAGACGCUGUGACUGAGAUUGAUGCCCUCUAUGAUGUUUACCUGGAUAUCCGAAAAAAAUGGGACCUAGAGGACGUCAUGUUCAUGGGCGAUUUCAAUGCUGGCUGCAGCUACGUAAGCUCCUCCCAGUGGUCUUCCAUCCGCCUUCGGACAAGCCCUCUCUUCCAGUGGCUGAUCCCUGACAGUGCAGACACCACGGUCACAUCCACAGAGUGUGCCUAUGACAGGAUCGUGGUUGCUGGAACUCAGCUCCAGAGCGCUGUUGUUCCCGACUCAGUUGCUCCCUUUGACUUCCAAGCAGCCUACAAACUUACCCAGAAGCUGGCUGAAGCCAUCAGUGACCAUUACCCAGUGGAGGUGACACUCAAGUAA